AUGCCUGCUGUUCGCCAAUGCCUCCGUCAUUCUGCACGACUUGGAGGCAACCCUCCAGUGCGCUCCAGAUCUAGAGUGAUGGAUCCCGAGCCAUCAAUAUCGAGGAUACAACCACCUCCCCCCGAUCCCAAACCCAAGAUGACGAUUCAGUGGCAGAGUGACAACACUCUCACUGAUGCCUUGGUCACCUGGCUCACCGAACACCCUCCUGACUGUCAUAUCUUAUUCUACUCCGAUGGCAAGAAAUCUCUGGAUUCAAACUCUUCUGAUCGUCCCUCGGGAAAGGACAAGUCUCAAAUCUGUUCUGUUAUCGCCCAGGUCAUCUUCCAACAUCACGCAAAAUAUGGGUCUGAAUACGCAAAUGGUCAUAAGAAAUUUUGUGACUCUGUCAACAACCGUAUCACCAGUCUUAAAAACAAAUACAAGCCCCUUAAGGCUAAGUUUAGCGCAACUGGCACUGGUGUAGUCCCUCUUGAUGAUGCCUCUGCUAAAAACCUACAAGAAGAAGUCUGUUGCAAAUUUCCAUGGUACAAUGAACUUGACGCCAUCUGGCACUCAAACUCCUCCUUUGCAGCAAAAACUACGUCGUCCAAGCCUGGCAUUGACCACGCCGGUGACAUGUACAGGCUACACCCACUGCUCCCCAUUCCUGCUGCUGCUCCCGUUCAUUUUGCCGCUGCUGCUCCCGUUCCUUCUGCUGCUCCCGCUGCUCCCGCUGCUCCCGCUGCUCCCGCUGCUCCCGCUGCUCCCACUCCUGCUUUCCCCGCUGCUCCCAUACCUCCCAAUGCUGACUCAGAUAUCACCAUGGACCAUGAUCCUGACCUUGACGAUGACAAUUUAUAUUCUUCUGCCUUCCGUUCCCCUCUUGGCGACGCGCUAGACCACUUGGAUGAAGACUACAUGGAUACCGAUACCCCGCGCCCUAUUUUUGACCUCAACAGCCCUCCUGUUAGGUACCAUGCCAACUCAGGAAGCAGAGGGGUCGGGGCUUGGCUUCAGCUCUUGCGCUGCGCCCUUAGCUGA